GGGUCGAGACCAGCACACAACGCACGCACCACCACACCAACGCCGACCAACCCAACCACCAACACCACCACCCAGCAGCAGGAGCAUGAGCGGCGGCGAGGAGGCGCUGCGGCGGGAGUACGUCAUCGGCGACGAGAUCGGGCGCGGCCGCUUCGGCACGGUCCGCCGCUGCUACGCCGCCGCCACGGGUGCGCCCUUCGCGCUCAAGUCCACGCCCAAGGAGCCGCUGCGGGAGCUGGAGGCGGACCCGCUGGACCUGGCCCUCGCGGAGCAGGAGCCCAAGGUGCACCUCCUCGUGUCCGCGCCGCCGCCCGCCAGCCGCCACGUCGUCGCGCUCCACGCCGCCUUCGAGGACGCCGACGCCGUCCACCUCGUGCUCGACCUCUGCGAGGGCGGGGACCUCUUCUCCCUCGUCUCCGCGCGGGGCCCGCUCCCGGAGCCCGAGGCGGCCGACCUCGCGGCGCAGCUCGCCGACGCGCUCGCGGGAUGCCACCGCCGCGGGGUCGCGCACCGCGACGUCAAGCCGGACAACCUCUUCUUCGACGCCGGCGGCGCGCUCAGGCUCGGCGACUUCGGGUCCGCGGGGUGGUUCGGGGACGGCCGCCCCAUGACGGGGCUCGUUGGGACGCCCUACUACGUGGCGCCCGAGGUGGUGGCCGGGAGGGAGUACACAGAGAAGGUGGACGUGUGGAGCGCCGGGGUGGUGCUCUACGUCAUGCUCUCCGGGACCGUGCCCUUCGGCGGCGCCACCGCGGGAGAGAUCUUCGAGGCCGUGCUCCGGGGCAACCUGCGCUUCCCGCCGCGCGCCUUCGCGGGGGUCUCGCCGGAGGCCAAGGACCUCAUGCGCCGCAUGCUCUGCAAGGACGUCUCCCGAAGGUUCUCCGCCGAGCAAGUCCUAAGGCACCCAUGGAUCGUGACCCGAGGGGGGAGUGCGGCGUGACCUGCUGAUUCAGAUCAUCAGAUGCUCCGCUUCAUCCGUCCGCAGUGUAGAUAAGAUAAUGGCGUUCGUCGAAGAGGAGUAGGGAGCGACCUUUUGCAGUGGAUUUUUGCUUCGUUUCUGGCAAUCGUCGAUGGACAGUAGUGCCGGUAGCAGUAAUCUAGCCUAGGCGAGCACUCGUGAAGCAGGAAUUUGGGGGGCUUCCUGAGUUUGUCUGUCAAUGUUCGUCUCGCUUGCUCUUUGUUUUUGUAACCCGUGUACAGUCGUCUUCGUUCUGGCUCAAGAAGAGAGAACUAGACUUGUUCGGCAGAGAAUGGACCCCCCAAAAAUUGGGAAAACUUAUGUACAGUUCAGUUGCGUGUUCCUUCCAUUUUGCUAGCGAAUCUCUGUGCUUCCUA